CUCACCGACCGAAAUGCUGCAAAUAGGUGGGUUAGAGAUAACAUCCAAAAUUACCCUGAUGUCAAGUUCAAAUAUAUUGCAGUUGGAAACGAAGUCGAUCCAAAUAAUGAAAGUCGUAAGUACGUCAAUUUUGUACUCCCAGCCAUGCAAAAUCUUCACAACGCCAUUAGAGCCGCAGGACUAGGGAACCAAAUCAAGGUAUCGACUGCAACCUACACGGGUCUCUUGAUAACAUCCUACCCGCCAAGCAAUGGUGUAUUUCAUGACAAUGUACGGGGAUUUAUAGAGCCAAUAAUCAGAUUUUUAGCCCAUUGCAACUUGCCAAUGCUUGCCAACAUCUACCCUUACAUUGGUUACCUUGGGGACCCUAAUGGGAAUCUUCCGUAUGCAUUGUUUACUGCUCCAGGAACAGUUGUGAGUGAUAAUGAUCGUCGGUACUCCAACCUUUUCGACGCCAUGUUAGAUGCUCACUAUGCAGCUCAAGCACGUAUUGGUGGAGAGAAUGUGAAUAUUGUUGUGUCGGAAACUGGAUGGCCUUCAGCAGGUGGUCGUGGAGCAUCGGUAGAGAACGCUAGAAAAUAUUAUACCAAUUUGAUUCGACAUGUCAAAGGGACAUCGGGGACACCAAUAAAGCCUGGAAGAUCUAUAGAGACAUACUUGUUUGCAAUGUUCGAUGAAAAUAGGAAAGACGGAGCAGAAACGGAGAAACAUUUCGGGCUUUUCUCCCCAAAUAAACAAUCCAAGUAUCAGUUGAGCCUCAAUUAAGGAAAACCACAAUUUCCGGAACUUUCGAAGAAAAAUACAUAUAUAAAAUAAAUGUGGUUGGUUAUUUAUGUAAUUACGUUAGUAAUUACAAUUAAAACCAUAUGAAAAUAAUGUAACUGAUAUGACUAUUAAUAUAUAAUAUUAAUAGCCAUCUAGGAUUUGGAAGUUCAAA